GCUCCGUGAACGCGCGCGCUCGCAGGCCAACGCUCGCAAAGCGAGCGCAGAUUUGCCUCUCCGUUAAAACGCUUAGCUCGGGGAAAAUAUAGCUCAAACGAGAUCGACGGCCCAACCACGUGUCCCUGACUUAGUCCCUGUUACUCGAUCCCACUCGGUUGCCCAGGAAACGACGGAAUCGCGGCGGCAAUGGAGGUCGACUGGUGGCAACUGCAGACCAGCAUCAUCACCGAGGUGAAGAAGUACCCGUGUCCUCUACGACUCGAACCACAUCAGCCGAUGGAAUGCGCGUCAACGGGGACCCUAUUGGGAGGCCGUCGCUGCAGCCGUCAACCUACGCGCUUUUCCAAGUAUGCCAAGUUUACCAGGCCAACCGGGACAGCGUCGCAAGAGGAGGAGCCCGACCGCGUCGACUACAACGAAUCCACAUCGACUGACGUCAUGACACACGUGUUCGCGUGCCAAGAUGCAGCCGUGGAGGACGUCAGUGCUGAAGGGCGCUGGGGCUCGCCAGUGGACUUCGAGAUCGACGUCUCACCGGGACCGAGCGACGCCGCGGAUCAUUCCAUGGAUGAAGGCGAAGCAGCGGCUCCAUCAUCUUCGGCCCCCGACUUCCCCUCCAACCAGUUAGCUGCCGGGCGACCGCGAAGGAAACGCCUCACUCUCAGAAGCCACGGACCAACGGGUCUGGACCUCGAAACAGAGGUCUACGGCGACGCCGCGCUGACGGCAUCAGGAGUAGCACCAGGGGAAAGAGGAAGAGGGGCAGGCCGACGUCCAAGACGAUAUCGAGAGACGACCGCGGGACGGCACCGUCGCCGCCAAUGGAUACAGAGUGGCGCCAGUGGCGACGGCGAGGACGACCUCCGCACGGGCUACGACUGCUGCGACGCUGGGUGUCGCCCGCCAAGGGGUCGUCCUCAUCCGACGAGGAAUACGAGGAGGAGGAGGCUGCUGGGAAGGUUGAAGUCGACGACGAGAAAUGCAACUGCGACAACGCCAAGCAAGAACGCCGAGAGGCGGCUAUCGCUGUGGCGCUGUGCAGGUUUGUCACGACCGUCGUCAGCAAGAUGACGUCCUCGUCAACCCCGGAAGACCCGGUCGGUGUGCCGCCGCCCGUCAAAACCGACAUGCUAGUGGACGCCGGGGACGGUGACACGUUGUUCCUGUUGGGACUGAGGGGCCUGAUGUCCAAGUUGGACGCCGAGAGCAAGUCGCGAGCGCAGAUCGACAUCCUCAAGCUGCUGCAAGAGCGGAUCGCCGACGCCGAAUCUCGGAGACAAGAGUCUUGCGACGAGGACGACGAACAAGCGGAGCCUACAGCGAACGAUCAUGCCAGUGCCGUGGACCCCGAGCCUGCGUCGCCGACAACUCUCCACUAAAUGCGUAGCCUCCGCGGUCGGCAACGGCAAAGCAACGACGUGCUGCCGUAGCCGAUCGCGGAGGCCACACUAAAUGCACCAUAUGCGAGACGUUGGUCUUAAUGAGACAGUACUUUAAUUUUGCGUGUUGUGUUACGUGUUGGUGAGGAAUCAAUGCAAUCGACUCAGAAGAAAAAGAAAAAAAGAAAAUGGCUUUCUAGAACAACUUGUUCGGAGGGAAUUCCUGGCAGUGUAUUAACGACCGCCGGAGGGAACAUGCCAACAGCAUUGGUAAAAGUGGCGGUGCAGCAUCUUCCGGCGCAUGUAACAAUCAUGCUCAUGUGUGCCGCGUUUCGCGCAAGUUAAGAUUAUUGGCAAGAGCAGAAACCAAACGGAGAGGGAACUAUUCGAAGCGUUUCACAUUACAAGGAACGGGUCCCCCUGUGUCAGUGAGACAUCAGUUGUGCUAUAUUGAUCCGAGUUAUGCUUUUUCGUAAUCGACAGCUUCCGUGGUGACAUGUCGGUGUCACUCUUUUACGCUUGGAUUUUUUUUUUAUCUUUGACCGUCAAUAAAGAGUUGGUAGUUGGCGUU